GUUGUAGCGACCUCUUGCUGGAGUCUUUCGGUACUUAAACUCCCACCGGAGUUCCGGAGGCCCAGCCCAUCGGAGCGAGGACUUUCUCUGGUGGGGACUCACUCGAGGAGAAGUGGUCCAGCAUACGAGCGGAGGAGAGUCGACCGUGAAAUUAAAACAUGAUGAGGGCUCUAGAUUGAGACACGAGACGCUGAGAAGGAGAAAAGAUCGCGAGGGAGAAGACUAAGAGCGAGGGCAGUCGAUUGAACCGAGACGAGAAGGAUUUCAAGGACGCAUUCAUCGAUAAUUUUGUCGGUGCUUGAGAAUAAACGAAACAAAAUUAGUUUUAGCAACAUGACGAUAAAGAACAGCCAGACGAGGAGAGAAAAAUUUCUAGACCCUCAUCUCGAAUUUCUUGUACUCGAGGAACCCCUGUGGUGUUUAGGACACCCGUGGGCACCUUUCGCCCCACGUCUCAGCCUGUUCUCAUUCACGGAACUAGUUGAUAAUCCUCGGAAGGAUUGCCACGCGCGAACGCGGCCAAAAGGUUCACCCUCACAGCCCAAUAAUUCUGAUCCUAAGCCACACAUUUAUCCCACAACGCUCAUGAUCAAGUAGCCGAAGAAUUCGUGAACAUCGGGCCUGGAAUCGGUCUGACCGAGAGACUCUUCCGGACGAUGGACCCAAUUGACAGACCCGAAAAGCCCUUCUCUAUUCGAGAAGAGCAUGAGGACGCAUGCGAGCGUGAAUAAGGGCUCUUUAUGUAUCACAUACCAUGGGAUAAAUUGUCCAGAAGUUUCCGUAGGCCGGCUCGCUUUGUAGGAUUAUGAGCCCGACUACGAGGAACGGGAACGAGCAACCACCAACAGCAAUGGCUACCAGUUACAAAUCACUGGGUACCAGUUACCAGUUGGCAGUUGCCACCUCGGUUGAUCUCUGCUGGCCUCAAUCCACUUGAUCAAUGUCUCCAUGCCGUUCUCGUUAGUUUUUUAUUGCUGCAUUCAUUCGAAAAUAUUAUCAUCCAUAAAUUUAAAGAAAUAACAUGCGGAAUUGACGGGUGAAUUUUUAUUUGAUAGACCAGGACCACGUCCAAUUAACAAGACCCUCGUGUUUGUCAACAGUUGACUUUGAAUUUUGACACUGAUGGAAAACCUGGAUAAUUACCCUGUAAAAUCAUGAUGUCAGGAGCAUUGGAAUGUCACCCCUGCUAUUUCCGGGCUUUGGAUCUUGAAAGGAAAUUUAUCAGGAGUCUGGUAUCUGGAGUUGUGAUAACUUUUGGAGUAAGUACAAGAUGCCGGAGAAGGAGGUGGCUUACCACCAGGAGACAUUUUCCCUGUUGCCGCCUGCACCUCCGCCGCACCACCCCCACUCGGCAUUUCAUGCGGCCUUUCACCCUCAUCCUCAUCAUGGGCCGCCUCCGCCGCCGUUUCAUCCGCACCAUGGACCGCCCCCGCCACCCCAUCCGGCAGUCACCGUAGCAUGGGAACAUCACGCGGCCGCGGCUGCUGCCGCAAGGGCUGCCUUCCACGCUCCGCCGCCUCAUCCAUUAACUGGAGGAUCUCCAGCAAUCGGCAGUGCAGGCAGUCCAGGGUGUGGAGCCGCAAGUGGUAACGGAAGUGGUGACCCGGGGUCAGGAACACCCGGUGCAAACGGCACUGCGACCGGUGAUUUCUUCCGUCGUAGUCAUCCACUCUCGGACCAUACGCCACUGCACCCAGCCUACCGUAUUAACUACAUGGACCACCUUUACCACCAGAUACAGGCCUCUUCUCACAGUCCCAACGCCUCAUUACACGGGCUUGGUGGAUUGGGGCCAGAGUAUCUCAUACACGCAGCAGGACCAGCAAGCACCUUAGCGUCAUCCGAGUUUCCUUUUUCCAUCGAUGGUAAGAGUCCAGCGUCUUCAAGACUGGGAAGUCCACGUGCCUCAGCAAUAAGGGCGAGUCGCAAACGCGCAUUGAGCAGCUCUCCGUACUCAGAUCGGUUUGACAUCGACAGCAUGAUCCGAUUUAGCCCCAACAGCCUGGCAUCGAUCGUCAACGGAUCGAGAAGUAGCAGCGCCAGCGGUAGUUACGGCCACCUUUCAGCCGCAAUGAGUCCAGCACUGAGUAUGCAUCCAGGAAUGGCACCACAUAUCCAGCAAAUUCAAGCCCACCUCCUCCGCAGCGCAGCGGCCCUUCUUCCCCAUCCCCUUCAGCCACCGGCUCCACCGCCACCCCAUCCGCACAGUCAUCCGCAUUCUCACGGUCUUUCGCCGCACAGUCAGCUCUUCGUUCCGCCGCACUCGAGUGCCACGACGACGGUGGGUCCUCACGGUGUCCUGCCUUCUAAAACGGAGGGCACAGAGUCAUGUAGAAAGGGAUCCGACACGUCGAGCAGAUCGAUUGCUGCAGAAGCAGAUACAUCAUCACGGAGGCAGACUAAAGUGAAGCGGGAACCGGCCACGACGACGACGGCGACUUCAACGACGCAGCCGCUCACGCAUCCCCAGGGGCUAAGUCCCAGCGAGGACUUGAGGGACGAGCCGGGAGAUUUUAUUGAGACCAAUUGCCACUGGCGAGACUGCGGUCUCGAGUUUCCAACUCAAGAUGAUCUCGUUAAGCACAUCAACAAUGACCAUAUUCAUGCGAAUAAAAAGAGCUUUGUUUGCGGAUGGGAGGAUUGUUCGAGAGAGGAAAAACCAUUCAAGGCUCAGUACAUGCUUGUCGUUCAUAUGAGACGGCAUACAGGUGAAAAGCCUCACAAGUGCACGUUUGAAGGCUGCUUCAAGGCGUACUCGAGACUUGAGAAUUUAAAAACCCACUUGAGAUCUCAUACCGGUGAAAAACCUUAUACUUGCGAGUAUCCAGGUUGCAGUAAAGCUUUUAGUAAUGCCAGUGAUCGAGCUAAGCACCAAAAUAGAACUCAUUCUAAUGAGAAACCGUAUGUUUGUAAAGCGCCAGGAUGUACUAAGAGAUAUACAGACCCAUCGUCACUGCGAAAACACGUGAAAACAGUACACGGAGCUGAAUUUUACGCAAAUAAGAAACACAAAGGCGGCAAUGAUGGGGGAGGAAGCGACGAAGCGGGCGCCGGAGGUAACAGUCCAAGUAGGAGUGAAGAUUUGCAUCCGAAAACGCCGAGUCUGUCGAGUCCGAGUGUAAAAUCUGAGAGCGAGGCCAAUAGUCCUCCGGGAAUGAUUCAGCAGCAAGGGAGUCCACUGGUUGGUGGAUGCACCGACGAAAUGGUCAGUGUUGGUGGCAUGGCUGUCGACGGAGUGGUUCUGGACGAGCCCUGGAGCGAGGAGCCAGAUAAUCUGGACAUCGCGGACCUUCCAGUCGCUCUACGUGCGAUGGUUGGUGGGAUGGAGACCCAACAGGCACCUCCGCACUCGCGGAAUCGCAUGAAGGGUCGGCUUAAUGUGAAAGCGAUGCCUUCACUGGCACCGGGCGUCGGGAUUCGCGGCACCCGGAUCUCUGGGCAGACUUCUCAGGGUAACAUCGGUGAACUGAAUCGCAGAAUCACGGACCUGAAGAUGGAAGGCGGUAACACGCGGCAGACUAGUCUGGCUGAUUUGCAACUGAGGCUGCAGCCUCUGAGCGAGCCUCGGCGCGACAGCAACAGCACUGUCAGCACUUACUAUGGCAGCAUGAGGUCUACGGACUUUGGUAGUCGGAGAAGUAGUCAAGCAAGUGCCGUAAGUGCUGUGAGAAUUGGACCCGCGGGUCCCGGAAGCUUUUACGAUCCAAUUAGUCCGGGUACUUCGAGAAGGAGUAGUCAAAUGAGUACCACUUCCGGCAGAAUUAAUCCUCCUGGGCCUCUUCAGACUCAAUAUAAUACCAACAAUCUUGUUGUGCAAACUCAGAAUAUGUCUUUACAGGGAGUUCAAAGUAUUCCCAGCGAGUGGACAGCAACCAGUCAUUGUCUUCCUCAGCCAUCCGGUGACCGUAGAAUGUCCGAACCCACUCGUGGUUAUCAAACACAAAGAACCUCUCCACCAGUUCCACCGAGACCUAGAUCAGCUCAACUACCCGAGCUCCAUCCAAACCAAGAAGUCGUGCUGGAUGAAGUGGGUGAGGGAGAGAUGGUAGAGAACAAACUAGUUAUUCCUGACGAGAUGAUGCAGUACCUGAAUGAAGUUCAAGCUGGUGGUAACCAAAUUAACUACCGCGGUAGUCCGCUGCCUAUUUGUCAGUCGCCGAUUUGCACAAACCCUCUCCACUACCAGCGCCAGCAGAAUUGUAACUACACCAAUCAGCACAAUCAACAGCAAACCUGCUAUCCAGCGCAGUCGCCUCAAAUUCAGCAGCAGCCGCAACAGCAGAUGCAAACAAACUGUCAAAAUUACCAAGUACCCUCACCAGCUUACUCGCAUUGCCCCAGCUCGCGUAUGAGCCAAGCUUCCGGUUACUGCCCACCACAAAACUACGGACAAGUUCAAUCUUGUGGCUCUCAAAUGCAGCCUAGUCCCAUGAGUCAAGUAAUGUCACCGGGAUCUCACUACGCACCCAGUCAAAUGAGUGACCAACCGAUGACCUCUCCAGCAGCCGGUGCGCUGCCACCCCAGCACGGAAUACCACAGAAUCUCCAACAGACUUCCGCGCAAUUGACUCGCAACUGCAAUCAGCAGAACCACCAAGUCUACUAUCAAACCUACGGCUGCCAAGGACAAGUCAACAACAAUUGCGCGGCCCAACAAGCUCAUCCUCAAGCUCAAAACUGCUCUCCAGUCUCUCACUCGCCCGGUCUCGUCCAGCCUUGCACCCAAAUCCGCAAUUGCCCGCAGAUGUCUCCUCACUGCACGCAAGUUCCAAGUCCCGGGGCGCGCAUCAAUAUGCACAACACCCAGUGUGCUGGCCAGCAAACUCAAACCCAAUGCAAUCGAGUAAAUAAUCACGUCAUGAAUGACAUCGCCGUAAGAAACGUUAUUCCAGGUAAUGACCAGCUACGUGACGUGAAUAUCAACAGUCCUGCUAUCGGCCAGUGCCCAACAAUGCAGCACUGUGCCCCAGGCGCUAUAAAACCAAUGCAAAAUAUGCAAAUAAAUCCAGGACAACCAGCACCAGCUUCAUCUCCAGCCAACAAUCUCCAGUGCACUCAACUAGGCGCGAAUUGCGUCCAUCCAGGUAUCGCCCACUCGCCUCGACAUAAUCAUGCAAAUCAACAACUCAAUUUACCCAAAGGCAUGACUCCGAUCUGCGCAAGGCAAAAUAAUUGCCGGGUCCAGUCUCAAUGCGGCUGCGAACCAGCAGCCACUCAGUGCGCUCACAACCAGUUCGGAUGUAACUGCCAAUGGAAUUACUCCGAGUGCUUCAACGGCCACAACAUGGGCGAGAUCCAGUGCCGUGACAUCAGCCAAUCUCAGCAAGGCUCGCCCGCGAAACCUCCCCAGGGCAUGAGACAGGACUCAUACCGCAGAACUCUCGAGUAUGUGCAGCAGUGUCGCAACUGGUCCGGCACCCAAAUUCACGAGACCAACGUCUCCAGUUCCACUCACCCUCUGUCCCUUCCUCAGCCUCUGCCCGCGAGCUCAAACAUGGUCGUCAACGACAUGACCUCGUCCCUGAGCUCUCUUCUGGAGGAGAACAGAUUUCUGCAAAUGAUUCAGUAAAUUUUCUUUAACACGAGUCGUUUUAUUUUACAAUCGAUAAUCGAUCAUUAUUACUAUUGGUCUUGGGAAUAAAAAUAUUUUUUUGACUA